AAGUUCAGUUUCGAUUUCUGCAAAGUGAACUGUGGGAGAAAGCGAAACCGAUGUGCUGUCGGCUGGCAUGGAGAGCUUGUCAAACAUGUACCGUCGCGCUCGACGCAAGGUCUCCAACUUUUUCGACCUGUGUUGUGUUUUCCUCAGGUGGUUAUUUCAACCUCUGCCUCCACUGUGGUCCUGGAUUUUGCGGAUACCGGGUGUCGAGUUCCUCUGCAGACGAGCUCGAUUGUGGUGCGCAAGAGUCCAAAACUUCGCCGCGUUGACUUGGCGAGGCAGCAGAAAUGAGCCGAGUGAGAGCAACCAGUCGAGGAGCAGGUAUUCUUCGGAUGAGGAGGAGGGGAGCAGGGGGGGUCCCUACAGCAGGGCUCCAAACUGCGAGGCCCCCGAAACACUGAACAAGCCUCCAGAGGUUAAGGUAGAGGGUGAGUUCACCGGAAAUGAAUAUCGAGUCGACGAAACGGAUGAUUUCUACUGCGAAUAUGAUUCAACUUGGGAACAUGAGCCUGAGAAUGAGGGGCCCCCAAGAAGGAAGGCCUACCAGACUAGAAGGAACAGAGCUUACAAGUUCAUCAGGUUUGAAAAUGCUGCAAAAGACAUGCAGAACUACAGGCAUGACUACCCAAACCUUCACCGGACACGACGCUAUGAGGAAGAAAAUGAUGAAAACCCCAAUCUGAGCUUCUACCUCGGGGAAACACCAUCUUUACCAGACGGGAUCUACAUUGGUCAGUUCCACAAUGACUGGAAAGGAAAGUAUGCCAAACUGGAGCGUACGCACAGCUAUAUUCAGUGGCUGUUUCCUCUGCAGGAACCCGGGGUAAACUAUGAAGCAAAAACACUAACAAAGCAGGAAAUUCAGGAUUUUCUUGGUAGUACAACUGCAAGGGAGAAUCUACUGAAGUCUUACAAGCUCAUGUUGGAUUUUUAUGGCAUUAAGUUAGAAAAUGAGGAAACAGGAGAGGUAGCAAGAGCAGAGCACUGGAUUGACAGGUUCCAGAAUCUAAACAAUCACACACACAACAACUUGCGCAUCACCCGCAUCCUGAAGUGCCUGGGAACUCUUGGUUACCGUCACUACCAAGUCCCUCUGGUUCGGUUCUUCCUGGAAGAGACUCUGGUCAACCGUGAACUUCAGGAGGUCAAAGACAGCGCCCUCAGCUACUUCGUGUUUGCUGUUCUCGAUAAGCAAGAACGCAGGAAGCUUCUCAAGUUCGCCUACUAUCACUACAACCACGACGACGACAGAGAACCGUUUGUGUGGUGCCCGAAGAAAAUCCAGGACGCAUGGUCAAGAGCUCGGUAGCAACAGGACCAGUUUAAUUUAGAAGGAAAUGGCUGGCACUAAGGAAAAAAAAUGCAAUGCACAACCUGUUAAAACACUUGUUGAAAAGAUUUAUGUCUGUGAAGUAUUGGAGUUUACAGUUUAUUAAUCUCCACUGUAAAGUGAAGAUUGAGUUGAAGGCAGUUUUUGUUGAUGUUUAACACCUAUUACUCAUGUUUGCAAUUUUUCCAGUUGUUUACUUAUUCUUACUGCUCUUAUGCACUGAAUGUGUGUGUUUUGCACUAAGUGGCUUCAAUAACUCAGACAAAUAAAGUACUUUACAGUAGUUAAGCAAAAAGGUGGGCAUAAACUGGAUUUUUUACAAAAAAUAUAUCUAUCGUUUCUUGGUUUGAUUUUCAGAAUUGAAAUGUCUACAGUUCUUGAAUCGUAAUUCACGCCUUUUCUUCAUCAAAACAAUAAAACUGUACUCCAUAA